AUGCAGGAAGUCAUUGGGACCGCCAUUGCAUUCAGCCUCUUGUCAUCUGGGCGGAUUCCAUUAUGGGGCGGAGUCCUAAUAACCAUCAUUGAUACACUAUUCUUUUUGUUUCUUGAUAAAUACGGUCUGCGGAAACUGGAAGCUUUCUUUGGCCUUCUCAUCACUAUAAUGGCGGUCACUUUUGGCUAUGAGUAUGUGGUGGUUCACCCUGACCAGAGAGAGGUGAUAAAAGGCAUGUUCUUCCCAUACUGUUCUGGCUGUGGAUCCCCGGAAUUACUGCAAGCUGUUGGAAUUAUUGGAGCCAUUAUCAUGCCGCACAACAUAUACCUGCACUCCUCGCUGGUCAAGUCUAGAGAAGUGGAUCGCAGGAACAAGAAGGAGGUGAGCGAAGCUAACAAGUAUUUCCUGAUCGAGUCCACCAUCGCUCUGUUCGUGUCCUUUCUCAUCAACCUCUUUGUCAUGGCUGUGUUCGCAGAAGCUUUUUAUAAGAAGACCAACAUGGAUGCCUUCAAUGAAUGUCAGAAUAGCAGCAGUCCCCACAAAGAUGUCUUCCCUCCCAACAACGAGUCCUUGACGGUGGACAUCUACAGCGGGGGUGUUAUCCUGGGCUGCUUCUUUGGACCCGUUGCCCUCUACAUUUGGGCUAUUGGCAUCCUGGCUGCCGGGCAGAGCUCCACCAUGACAGGAACGUAUGCCGGACAGUUUGUGAUGGAGGGCUUCCUGAACCUGAAAUGGUCUCGCUUCUACCGGGUCCUGUUCACCAGAUCAUUCGCCAUCAUACCUACCCGUGUUUGUGGCGGCGUUUAAAGACGUCCAGAGCCUGUCAGGGAUGAACGAUCUGCUCAAUGUCCUUCAGAGUAUUCUGCUUCCCUUCGCCCUGCUCCCGAUUCUGACCUUUACCAGCAUGCGACCUUUGAUGCACGAUUUCACCAACGGCAU